UUCCUGGUUUGGAGUCGACAUGGAACGAGCUGGCACAGAGGACAAGAAAAGACCGGGAAGUGCAGCCAGUGACAGUCUCUCCAAAAAUCUGUCAGUGCCGUUCAGGGGACACAUCUCUGGAGGUCUGCGUCCAGGGAAGAGGCUUCAGCUCGUGGGAAUGAUAGACCCAAAACCAGACCGGUUCUACGUGGCGCUGACAUGUGGGAUUGGCUCAGAGCGCCCCCCGGAGGAUGUGGCCAUAGAGCUGUGUGUGCGCUUCAAAGACCGUCAGGUGCAGAGGCGGGCCUGUGUGGGUGGAGUUUGGGGAAGCAGCCAAUCAGAUGCACCAUUCUUCCCCUUCAUCAGAGGACAACCAUUCAGGUUGGAGAUUCAUUGUGAGCAGAGCAGACUUCGGUUCUUCGUUGAUGGAGAGAAACUGUUUGAUUUCUCUCAUAAAAUCACGUGUUUGAAUCAGAUCGACACUCUGUGGGUCAGAGGCAGCGUCGCUCUCACCAAGCUCGCAUAAAACACAAACGUGAACAAACUUAACUCUCGUAACACUACAACUUCAGAUCAUUCCUAAUAUUUAUUUUAAACUAACAAAAAUGUAUAGUAAU